CUCUGACUCAAGUCGGAACAAGUAAUCUGGUUCCCCUGGCCCAGCAGCCUGGGAGGGACGGCCAGAGGGGCAGCCAGCAGCGCAGGAGCUGGAACAGUCAGAGUGAGAGCACAGGUGGCCUGGCCGGCCAGCAGCCCAGGAGGCUUAGAGGCAGCAUGCAAGGCCCCUAGACUCCUGACCUGGGCACAGGGGUUUCUUUUCUGAUCUCCUGGACUAAAACCCCAAAGCAGCUGGGAGGACUCCAGGCUACCUACACAUCCUGGCCCAGGCUGGGACCAGCACCACCCCGCCCUGCUCUGCUCCCCCUCCUGCCCGAAAUCCACCAUGGAGAGUAAGGAUGAGGUCAGCGACACUGACAGUGGCAUCAUCCUGCAGUCUGGCCCUGACAGCCCGGUCUCCCCAAUGAAGGAGUUGACCCACGCGGUGCGAAAGCAGCAGCGGGCUCUGGAAGCUCGGCUGGAGGCCUGCCUGGAGGAGCUUCGGAGACUCUGCCUGCGGGAGGCGGAGCUGACGGGCAUCUUGCCAGAAGAAUUUCCCCUCAAACCAGGAGAAAAGGCCCCCAAAGUCCGCCGCAGGAUUGGGGCAGCUUACAAGCUGGACGAGUGGGCCUUGCACAGAGAGGACCCCCUGAGCAGCCUGGAAAGCCAGCUGGCCCUGCAGCUGCAGAUAACCGAGGCUGCUCGGCGGCUGUGCGCGGAGGAGAAUCUCAGCAGGCAGACGCGCCGGCAGCGGAAGCACGCGGCGCUGCAGGAGGAGAAGAAGCUGCGGGAGCUGCAGCGCAGCCUGGGCGAGCGGCUGCGCAACAGUGAGCCCCCUCCCGCCACCGCUGCCCACUUGCUGGGCCAAGAGCUCAGUGCCUCCGAUGACAGCUCCCUGUCCGAUGGCCUACUUCUGGAGGAAGAGGACUCUCAAACACCAAAACCUCCCCCGGAGUCCCCAGCCCUGCCUUCCCGGCCUCUCCCACCCCAGAGCCUUGAGGGGUUGCCGCCAGCAGGACCCAAGCCUGGGGCCCUGGAGCGAGCACCCAUCCAGAGCAGUCCUUGGAAGGAGACCAGCCUCGACCACCCCUAUGAGAAGUCUAGGAAGUCUUCGGAGCCCAGCAGCGAGUCCAGUAGCCUGGCCACCACACCCCAGGACGAGCCCAGUGCCUCCAGCCUGUGGCUGCUGGAGCCAGCCUCCUACCAUGUGGUGCCCAUCCGAAGUGUCCCAGGACAGCAGCAGGGUCGCACCAGCGCCCCGGCCACCCCCGAGAUGCAGGGCAGGCGGGGCCAGUCGCAGUCUCUCAGGGUGGACUCCUUCCGGGCCGGGGCAGAGGGCCGAGGACGCAGCGCCUUCCCCCGCCGCCGCCCCACGCACUACACCGUGACGGUGCCAGACUCCUGCUUCCCCGCCAGCAAGCCCCCGCUGCCCCCCGCUGCCUGCCACUCCUGCUCAGAAGACAGCGGCUCCGAUGUCUCCAGCAUCUCCCACCCCACCUCGCCGGGCAGCAGCAGCCCCGACAUUUCCUUUCUGCGGCCUCUCUGUUUCCCUGAGCCGCUUCGCCACCACGGGGCCUGGGGCCCGGCCACAGGCCGAGAGCUGGUUGCCCACCACCCCAAGCUGCUGUUGCCGGCUGGGUACUUCCCGGCCGGGCGCUACGUGAUGGUGGCAGAGAGCCACCUGCCGCCGGGCGAGUGGGAGCUGUGCCACGCGGGCCUGGGCCCUGUGCGCGCCGAGGAGGGCGCGCCCCUGUGCUACCAGCGGCUCGUGCCCGCGCACAGCCGCGUGGUGCGGACGCCGUCGCUGAAGGACAGUCCCACGGGCCGAGCGCUCACCAAGGCCGCUGUCUCCGAGGAGCUGCGCUGGUGGCACGAGCGCGCGCGCCUUCGCAGCAGCCGCCCACACUCGCUGGACCGCCAAGGAGCUUUCCGGGUGCGGAGCCUGCCCCCCGGGAGAGAGGGCUUUGGGCGAGCCCUGGGGCCCCGCGCACAGAUGCCCACUGUGUGUGUGCUUCGAAGAUCACCCGACGGGGCCCCUGUGCAAGUCUUCGUCCCUGAGAAUGGAGAGCUCAUCAGCCAGGUGUAACUCCAUGUUCCACGUGCCUCAGCCACUGCUGAAAAAGACUUUCACAGUGGGGCCAGGGCUGAGCCCCUCACCCUUCAAGUGCCUCCUUCAGCUCCCCCACUUCCAUCGCAGGCCGAUGAUCUGGAGCUGAGACCUUUCUUGGUUUGGGGGGUUUUUUUAACAAGUUUUUUCAGACGUCCUGACCUGAGGAUUUAUAUCUGUGAUUUGUUCUCGAGCUCCCUGCAAUAUGAUUACACCUUAUCCCCAGAGUCUGGCCUCUUGGACUUAAGGCCUUGCCUGUCUGAUUACAACAUCUGUCUCCUUAGGCAAGACAGGUGGCAGAGAGGACCACCUCAGAGUUCCUCAAACCCUCUGUGCUCUGUUUCUGAGAAAGAACAGCUCUGGCACUGUGGAGGCUGGACAUGGCCCACAUUCAGGCGUGGGUGUCUCCAUUUCCCAGGUCUCUGGGUACCACAGGCUGGGGCCGCUGUUCUUCCCCCUGUGUAAUGUGCUCUAUGAUGCACACAAGGGUGGUUAAAGGUCAGUACAUCCUGGUGAAGUCGUAUCUUCCUGGACCCCAUAAAUCCCUUUUAGGGGUCCCAAUCACUGUUUCUUCUUUAUGCCUUGGGCUCCCAGGCCAGUGGAACACCAAAUCAUAGCCUCAGAGUCCUGGACUGGGUCUGGCUUGUGCUGUUGGUUGGUGGGGAACAGCUCAGCAUUGGACCAGCACUGCUGGGCCUCACAAAGGCCGGGCAGCCUACCACUCCCACUGACAUCUUUUCAUCAUCAUCAUAAAAACCAACAGCAUACAAAUAUUUUUGGAAAGGCAUCACUUUGGUGGCGUGUUGAGGGCUGAUAUUUGAGGACGAUGAUGAGAGUUGCUGCUCUCGUUCCCCACCCAGCCACACAUGUGCUCUGAGCAGUCCUUAUCUGUACACACAUGGGCAUGCUCCCUCCUGAGUCCUGACAAGAUGCUGGGUUGUCUUAGAGGGCAUUAAUGAUGCAACCCAGCACCCUGGAAGUGCUAAGCCACUUAUAAUCCCCGGGUUCUCAUCCUAGGCCCUCCCUUGCUGCCAGGUCAGAUGCCCAGGUAGCAUCUUGCUUCAAAGAAGAAGCAACAGAUGGCAUAGGGAGUGCUGACUCCAGUUUUGCCCAUGCAGAACUCUAUCCUGUGAGUUCCCUGGACUGGAACAGAGACAGUGAAUGUAGCGGAAGGCUCUGAGAACUGUGAUGCCCAGCCGGAGGUGCCAUGUCCCCCCCGCCACACACACACAGUGGCAUAGCUGUUUGCAGAGGCUGCUGAGGGAAGAACCAGGGUGGUGUACAGGCAUUGGGGAGGAGAGUGAGCCUCAGGAGACGGCGCUGGCUUUUCUCUCACUGCCCCUGCCACAUCUAACAGUAGUCUCCACCGCGGGCCCUUUCUUCUCCGUUAUGCUUGACCCGAUACUGCGCUUUGUGGCUAGGUCCCUUUUGCUGUGUUCAGCGGCCCCCGCCCCCAGUGUCUUCCAUGGAGGCCCAAGCUCUUAGGCCUGAGUGUCCUUAAUAUUAACUUAUUCGUCCGACAUAAGACACGAGAGUUGAAAGUGGCCCUGUCCUCAGCUGUAGGGCUGGGACUUGGGUCUUAGUGCCAAAUACUUCAAUAAAGUCUGUUCUUUGUGAUU